AUGUACACCAAUGACCUGGUUUGGAGUGAUGAAUGGGCCAAGAAGGCAUUGGAUUGGGCAAAGUCUCCAGAGUACAGUGAAAAUGUGGAUCCUGAUUUGGUUGUUGCAGGAAGGCGCUUGAUUGACAAUGCGAGUGACAAGCCAGUAUGGAAAAAAAUACUCGACGUCUUAGAAGACCAGUUUGAUGAAGCAGAAGCAGAGCUCGAGAGCCUUCCCCCAGGCACGGUGUACGGAUGCAGCGGCUAUAUGGGCACAAGAAACACGAAAGAUGAUUACGUCACUGCUGUAUGUCUCUAUGAGAAACAGUAA